CCAAGAGGAAGUGAAAGCAGCUGGAGGCUUCUCCUUGCAGAGCAGGUUGGUGGCUGGAUCUUGCAGGGGACAGGUGUGGGGGUCUCAGACAUGCCGCUCAGCUGGGCCAUGCUGGGCUUCCUCUCGACCGGCUCUUUCUUGUACCUCUUGAGCUUCGAGAAGGUGUGGGGGAAGUCGGAGAAAAACCACUCCAGGCUCUGUCCUUGGGAAUGCCUGAUCUUUGUCCAGAUGUGGCCCAGCUCCUUCUGCGUGUCUCUACCGAGCCAGCUGGACUGCGUCAUGUCCGAGAAUGCAACGAACUGGACCAUCCACGGAUUGUGGCCGAGCGACAUCCAGGAAUGCUGUCUCUACUGGGGUCUCUUCCCUUCCGACCUGGCGAACCUGGUGCCCCAACUGGACCGUCAUUGGCCAACUUUCACUAAUCUGAGCAACUUCCAGUUUUGGGAGAAAGAAUGGAGAAAACAUGGAACUUGCGCUGGCUGCCUUGAAACCCUGAACAGCCCAAAUAAAUUCUUCGGGGCUGCACUUUUCCUGCGCACCAAAUACAAUAUUGACAGGGCUUUUGAAAAGGCUGAGAUUAUUCCCACCUGCAGGCGGAGUUACCAGCUCAGCUCCUUCGUGGACGCCCUGGAGCCGCUCCUGGGACCCCAGUACCAGUUGCAGUGCGUGACGGACGGGCAGGGGCGAGAGAUGCUGGUCCAGAUCAAGGUUUCCCUGUUCAGCAACUUCUCCAGGGGCUGCGUGGCAGACCCCCCCAUGGGCAUCUCCCCCUACCAUCCCUGCAAGCCUCAGGGUGGGAUAUUUUACGCCCCUCCCAAUCAGGAGGACCCCCGCCACCCCUGCCCCUGAUCCCAGGCUGGCAGAGGGAUCAACUGGAGGCGAGGGAAAGCAAGGAACUGGAAGGAAACCCAUCAUCCUCAGCCGGGGUAUCUCCAGCAACCGUCUCCAGACAGCCAUCCGUCUUCUUCCCCCACCAAAGUUUGGAGGAUUUGAACAACCCAGAUGUUAGAACUUGGAACGGUCACUAAACAAAUGGUUUUAAGUCCAGGAGCAGCUGUAAGCAAUUAUGAUGGAACUAAAAAAAAAACCUUCCUUAAAUAGUUUGACAGUGCAGGCAGUCCUCAACUUAACAGUUCAUUUAGUGACCGUCCAAAGUUACAACGGCACUGAAAAAUCAAGGAGAGAAGCAACUUGGAAUUAAGGAGAAACUCCCCGGACAGUGAGAACAAUUAACCAGCGGAACAGCUGGCCACCAGAAGUUGUGGGUGAUUUUUCACACUUGUAUUGUAUUUAAACAUGAAAAUGAGCAAUUCUUCCAAUCCUGAGGCUUAGCAGAGUAAAAUUAGAAUACAUAGAUCUAAUAAACACUUUAAUAAAUA